CGGCUUUUUGCUCGUAGCGCAGUGCUAGAGGAGCGAUUGCGUUUAGCGUUGCCGAAUUUGUGCGCUGCCACAGUUGCAAGGGCGAGACCAGCGAUUGGGCGCCGACCUUUUAAGCCCAAGUGCCAAACUGCUGCACCAACCUCCAGAGCAGCCGUUGCCCGCGCGCGGCAUCAUUUGUGUGAUUACAACGCGAGAUGCCACCCCCAGCCCCGCAGCAGUUGGCCGCCGCCGCGACGGCAGCGCUCUUGGUCGCGAUGCUCCUGCACCGGCGCCGCCGAACAACAUCGACGCCGCCGCAGCACAUCAGGCCGCUGCCCGACUUCGCCACGUUACCGCGCGUCGGCUGGCGCUGGGAGCGCUGGAAGACCGCGGACGAGAACUGGCUGGACCUCGCAUAUCUCGUCGCGCGGGCGUCCGAGGCGAAGGACGGCCACAUGGGUUGCUGCAUCGUGCGCGACCCGCACGGCCGCGAGCCGUCCUUGAUAUCGACGACGAUCAACUGCGGCAUCUAUGGGAGGUACCGCUCGGACCUGCACGCGGAGGCGGCCGCGGUGUCGGACUGCGCGCGGCGCGGAGAAAAGCUCGAGGGCUGCACGUUGUAUGUCACGCGCGCGCCGUGCCCGCGGUGCCACUGCUUGAUCGCGGCGGCGGGCAUCAGGCGCGUCGUCGCCCCGACGGACCUUGAAACGGAAGCCUGCGUCGUGUCCGCGGAGGAGUUUGGCAUCGAGAUGGUCAAGCUGCGGGACGCGCCGCCGCGGAAGGCCUGGCGCGACGGCCUCGCGGAGAAACACCGAGAUAACGACGCGAUACUAGCGGCACGCCUCAUGCGCAAGAAGCUGAAGAAGGACAAGACCUUCGGCAAGAAGGUCACGGCGACGCCGCCGAAGCCGAAGUACCCUCCCGGCGAUUUCUCUCCAGGAGCUCGCGUCACGACGCCUCCGCGCGCCGGCGCCCCGUUGGCGGCGACGCCGGUGAGACCUCGGGCGCCGGACUAAUGUGUUUCUGGGAC